CAUCUUCUUGAGCAGAGCGCGGCGCGCGCAAGCUUGUAUCACGUGGUGCUCUAUGACGGAUAAAAUUGGCCGGUCAGCCAGCAAACAGUCUGAUGAUCUAUAAUCUAGAACAAGAGAAACAGCUCUCCUGUCGGGGAUCGUGGUAGCUCUCUUGAUAUCUCAGGUACUAGGUGGGUCGUAUAUUAGAUCCGUAGAGCCGAGCGUACUGUGGCAGCAAUACCUUGCCUGUGGCUGUACUGUACUUUGGUUACCAAUAGUGUCAUUAUGAACUGUCACACGAUGGGAGGUCGGAACCAACCCCCUGCAUGCAGCCCUGCGGUCACCAGCUACCUCCCGAACCUGGGCUCCAGGCAGCUGAGUCACGAUCCUCUCCAGGGGCUCUCCCGGCUCCAGGAGCAGUGCUACGGACUGCCCUCUGUCGUGCGGCGACUGAGCCUCCAACACAGACUGGAGGCACACGAGGGCUGCGUGAACUGCAUCAAUUUCUCGGGGAGCGGGCAGUUGCUGGCAUCGGGGAGCGACGACCUGCAUGUGGUGGUGUGGGACUGGGAGCGAGGCAGGAUGGUCUCCAAACUGGAGUCAGGGCACAUCUCAAAUAUCUUCCAGGCCAAGUUCAUGCCGUACACUGGAGAGAGUGUGUUGGUCACUGCAGCACGAGAUGGACAAGUGAGAUGUCUCAUCCUGUCCUCGACGGGUAGUCUAGUGGCCUCUAAGAGGGUGGCCCUGCACAAUGACUCUGCUCAUAAGAUAGCUCUGGAGCCCUACUCUCCAGACAUGUUCCUCAGCUGUGGAGAGGACGGCAGUGUUCUAGAGGUGGACCUGAGGGAGGAGGCCAAGAGAAACAAGCUUCUGGUGGUCAAGAACGAGAAGAGAAGUCGUAUUCCUCUCUACUCCAUCUUCAUCGACCCCUGCAACACACACCUGUUUGCCGUCUCCGGCAGAGACCAGUUUGCAAGAGUGUAUGAUAGAAGAAAACUUAAACAAGACCAUACAAGCGAUUUUGUUCCUCUGAAGAAGUUCUGCCCAAAGCACUUGACAUCUCCAGAGAAUGAGCACAUGAGAGCCAACGUCACGUGUCUGGUCUACUCCCACAAUGGCGAUGAGUUAUUAUGUAGCUACAAUGACGAGGAUAUCUAUCUAUUCAACACCAGAGAUGAGUCUAAAGCUGAUGACUUUAUAAAGAGAUACCAGGGACACAGGAACAGUGCCACAGUGAAGGGAGUGAACUUCUUUGGUCUAAGGAGUGAGUAUGUGGUGAGUGGCAGUGACUGUGGCCACGUGUUCCUCUGGGACAAGACCUCUCAGCAGGUCGUACAGAUGUUGGAGGGAGACCAUGAAGGAGUGGUCAACUGUCUGGAGCCUCACCCACACACACCAGUUCUGGCCACCAGUGGACUGGACCACGACAUCAAGAUAUGGUCUCCCUGCGCCUCCCAACCCACCUCACUGGACCAACUGGACGAGGUAACGAAGCGAAACUGUAAUGAGCGUGAAGAUGCCAUGACUCACCCCAUGGACGGAUAUGAGAUGCUCAUGCAGUUCAUAGUCAGACAGUACCGCAGAGGAAUACGGGUUAGCAUGACAUAACAAUUAUUCGUGUUCUUAUCAGUGUUCAGUGUUUUGAAACAGACCAUCUCUACAAUGCAUAAGGCCUCUGAAAAUGAAGAAAGGACACCUCUAUAAAACACACUGUCUUGGUUCUUAAUACAUUAGUGUAUUUUGUAGGCUAGAAACCAUAGAAAUCAAAGCUUCCAACAACAGUACAUUUGUAUGUGCUGAUGCUGGUCUAGUAUACACCUGCGUUAAUUGCAUUCCAAUGGCAGUAUAUACCACUUGUGGCAGAGCAGAGCUUUGUGAAAACCUAUUUUCACUCGGCAACUUUGGGGCUACAGACGCUAGUUUUGUCGCAGGUUGGGUUUGUGCUUCGUUGGUGAGUUGUUUUCCAGGCUCUAUAUAGCCAAUUCUCGUUUGCGCAAAUGAGCUGUCAUGCCUAUGGCACACAAUUGACGGCAAUGCAAGAGUAGUCUUGUGCAGCCAGUAGGAGACUACUGUCAGAUUUGUCUAGGCUACAAACCCAUGGUUAGAAGUCAUACAGGUCUAUAGACCCUUGGUGCUUUUUACUACCACCCUUGUGCAGUAUAUACUAAAGCACCUCGGGUAUAAUAUAUAUUCCCCGUAUACCAUCCCAACCCAUGAGACUUCCGAACAAGGGAAACCUCUGAAUAAGCAGACAACUUCGAUGUCCCAAAGAUGUCCCUUAUUCAGAGGUUUCGCAAUCAAACACACUGAUCGCUGUAUGCUCUGCAGCGUCGUAUUGGAGUGACUGAAGAGAGUGACUCCAGUUCAGAGGACGCGAUGGAAGGAGAGGAGGUUCAGUUUGAGGCCCAGGACUCUGACUCUGAUGAGGAGGGAGGAGG